AUGGCUUGUUUGAAGGUCGGUUCAAAAACUGAUUUUUUCCAAUGCCAAGGACAGGCCUGGUAUGCCUCUCUCUCUCUCUCUCUCUCUCUAGACGUAUAUUUCUAUCUUUCUGCUUAUUCGGGGUAUUUCCUAAAAAUUGUGAUCUGCAUUCUGAAAACUGAGUUCUGCAUUUUGGAUAACACACACACAAAUAUAUAUGUAUAUAUAAAUUUAUAUCUUCCUGCUUUUUCGGGAUAUUUUCUAAAAAAUUUGGUUCUGGGCGAUAUCUGUUUAUGUCUUCUUAUAUCCCACCGGUUAUUUCUAGUUUUCUUUUCCUGAAAACUGUGAUAUGCAUUCUGGGUAGUACAUUUAUAAAAAUAUAUAUUUCUAUCUCUCUGCUUGUUUAGGACUUUUUUCGCUAAACUUAGGAGCUGCAUUCUGGGUAAUACAUAUAUAUAUAUAGAUAUAUAGAUAUGUUUCUAUUUCUUGGCUUAUUUCGAGUUUCUUCCUUCUAUCUGGGAUCUGCAUUAUCAGUUUAAUCAUGUGCUCAGUAGCCUAAAACGUAAGUAGAGUCUCAUUUCCGGAUGGAGUUUUAUAGAGCUUUUCUAGGGAAUAUUUCUUGGCUCUUCUGCUAGCUAUGAAUUCAGGAGUUGACUUUUUGUUGGCGUGGAAUUCACAGGUUCUGCGCUGCUGGCCUCCCCAGCGAUGUCACCGUGGAAGUGGGAGAUAUGUCCUUUCAUCUUCACAAGGUCAGCCCUUUUUUUCAUGACACAUGAAUGAUUUUCUUCUCGGAUCAUCAGAACAAAGGGAUCUUGAAAGCAACAUUACCUCCACUGACACGCAUCAGACCCUUUUUUUCUUUUAAAAGAAAAUAUAUACCUCGACAAGUCCCUGGUUGGUUUUUCUAUUUUAUAUCCCUAAUUACCUCAUCAGGCAAAGGCAAUCAAUGUACAUCUGGUCAAUAUGAACAUAUUUUCUAUUUUAUACAUAACUUUGGAAGAAUUUCAGCCGGUCUUUAUGAAUACAUUUUCUACUUUUCAGAAUUUUUUACUUUUUGGGAAAAUAUUAGGAUCCUAAUCCGGUCACAAUAACAUCUGGUCAUUCUUGUUCCCCUUCUUCUUCGUCACUUUUUCUGCUAUUUUGCUGUCCCCUAUCCUUUCUUCUUCCUCCGUCAACAGCACCAAGCCCAAAGGAUUUGAGUUUAACUGCAUCAGAUGAGCAUGUACUCAACUGACUAAUAGUUACUUUAUAUUAAUUCUGGCUAAUUUCCUCCUAGAAUUGGCUGUUCAACAUGCAUAUUUUCAGCAGCAUAUCGAGUAUUACUAAUUAUAGUAAGUUAUUUGCUAAUGAUCGAGGCCUCCUUGCCUCCGCUGUUCUGUACUUGUAGCCUUCUUGCCAUAUUCUGCAUCCAUCUCCCCGCAAGAAACGAACUCAGAGCUUCAUUCCCCGCAAUGACGGUCAACGAAGGACAAAGUCCAAGUCCUCCAAGGAUCUUCCUCUCCAUCAUAGAUGAUGGGCAACUUCUUAGCUAAUUUUAGCAUUCUCAUUGUUGAUACUCGGACGUAAGUUUUCGCUAAAAUGGCAUAUUUUUACCUCUAUUUUGUGGGAACAUGGUGGUGUUCAAAUGGAUUCCCCCUUUUCUUUCUCUUACCCAAUCAAUCAUCUUCCCUCAGCAUCACAACCCGCACCCCCAUUCCUGCAUCUGGGCGCCGCCAUAAUAUCCAAUUUAUCAAAAAAAUAUCGUUGUUCUCUCCGUCCCACGGCGCCCCACACGCAGUUGCGAUGAAUAUUGUAUGAAAAUCGCUUGGAAGAAAUAAAACUUAUAUUUUACCCAUUAAAUCGUGUUGAAACCAUGUCUGGAUGCUGGGUGAUUUCCCAUUAUACCUUCCAUCUCAAUGUGCAGUAUCCUCUGCUAUCCAAAAGUGCUACCUUGGGGAGAUUAAUUGAAGAAGCCUCCCAAGGAGAAAGCUGCAACAUCAAGCUCAACGACGUUCCCGGCGGCGCAAGGUCAUUCGAGAUGGUCGCCAAAUUCUGCUACGACGUGAAGCUGGAGCUGACGGCCGGAAACGUGGCGGCACUCCGAUGCGCCGCCGAGCACCUGGAGAUGACGGAAGAUUACAGCGAGAAUAACUUGAUUCUGCAAGCGGAGUGCUUCCUGAACCAGGCGGUUCUCCACAGCUGGAAGGAUUCCCUGAGGGUUCUCCAGACUUGCGAGGGUCUUCUUCCUCACGCUGAGGACCUGCAUGUCGUGGAGAGGUGCAUCCAGUCGCUGGCCUCGAAGGCCUCUACAGACCCGCAGCUCUUCGGGUGGCCGGUGAUGGAACGUGGGCCAUUGCAGAGCCCCGGGGGGAGCAUCCUCUGGAAUGGAAUCAGCACCGGUUCCCGGCCGAGGAACUCUCGCCCAGAUUGGUGGUACGAGGACGCCUCCAGCUUGAAUCUUCCCUUCUACAAGAGGCUCAUCUCCGCCAUGGAAGCUCGCGGAGUGAGGAGGCAGGUUAUCUGCGGAUCCCUCGCGUCGUACGCGAGGAGAUACCUCCCCGGUCUUAACCGGCGGCAGAGCGCUGGCGAGCUGGGGCAUCGCCGGAGUUCUGGGUCGCCUGCGGCGGAGCCUGUGGAGGAACAGAGAACUCUUCUGGAGGAGAUCGAUCGACUGUUGCCCAUCCAGAAGGACGCCAUGCCGGUGAAGUUCUUGUUCAGCCUUCUGAGAACCGCCGCCAUCCUCAAAGCUGGCCCGUCCUGCAUCUCAAACCUGGAGACAAGGAUCGGCAUGCAGCUCGACCGAGCGAGCUUGGAAGAUCUGCUGAUGCCGAGCUUCUCUCCUCACUCCGCGGAUGAAGCCCUCUACAACGUCGACUGCAUUCAGAGGAUUCUCGAGCACUUCUUGGAGAUGGACCGGGCCACUGGCGGCGCCACCGCUUCGCCAUAUCCGGGGAACGGCGAGUCGGUCACUGGGUCUCCUUCUCUCACGCGCUUGACCGCCGUCGCCAAGCUCGUGGACGGCUACCUGGCAGAGAUCGCUCCAGACGUGAACCUGAAGCUGAUGAAAUUUCAGUCCCUCGCUGAGGCCGUGCCGGACUACGCUCGGCCUCUGGACGAUGGGAUUUAUCGCGCCAUUGACAUAUACUUGAAGGUAAGAAAAAUACUCGACGAUCUAUGGUGCUUUAUUUGUUCUCCACGAUCUGCGGUCUGAAUGUGGAGGAGCUUGAAACAGUUCCAUCCAUGGCUGUCGGAGCUCGAGAAGGAGAAACUCUGCAAGGUGAUAGACUGCCAGAAGCUCUCACUGGAAGCUUGCACCCAUGCAGCGCAGAACAACAGGCUCCCACUGAGGGUCGUCGUCCAGGUCCUCUUCUUCGAGCAGUUGCAGCUGAGAACAUCGAUCGCCGGCUGUUUCAUGGUUUCUGAGAAUCUCGAUGGGUCGAGACAGCUCAGGGGGAACGACGGCGGGUGGGCGACGGCGGUGAGGGAGAACCAGGUCUUGAAGGUGGGCAUGGACAGCAUGAGACUGCGAGUUUUAGAGCUCGAAAGAGAGUGCCUUGGCAUGAGACAGGAGAUCCUGAAGCUCGGUCAGGAGAAGGGAAGGGGAUGGGGCGGCGUGGUUCCAAAGAAGUUGGUCGGCUUCAAGAUCAAGUCACAGAUGUGCAGCGCCCAGGAAGACUCCGUCAGUGACCAGAAGAGCAGCGCCGGGAAGACUGUGAAGUCCCCAUUGAAGCUCACGAGUCACAGGAAUAACCUUUACGUCGAAGGUUGA